GUUUGAGUGGAGUGUGGAAUGCAUGUUUUGGAUCAUGGUCCAUUACCUUGAACCUCUGGCUGUAGCGGCCUCUUGUUGUCCUCGUGCCACCAUCACAGGUUAUCCUUGUCUUUACUGUACAUACAUACCUAACUAACUACCUACGUCUGCAUGCUCCGUACAUCCAUUACACACACAGUCACGUAUUGCCCUGUCUCGUCUUGUUUAUUUUUACUGUUGCCUCUCAACUUUUAUCCUCAUCUCGACCUCUACCUCCCUCUAUCGCGUUAACUGUUUCUCGGCCAAGUAUUGUCUCGUCGCUCCGCAACAAACCAAAACAUCCCGCCCCAUGUGAUUCACAAUUUACUUUCCAUCUUUCAUAAACUAUUACCAGCCUCAUCGCUAGCUCUUCAUCUACCUUCGCUCCGCCACAGCCGCAUUCCUGAGCCUCAUAUACCCCCUGCGCGGCUCUUAAUUAUCACCUUCGCAAUCAUUUAAUAUCGAAAAAGCCCUCAUGGUGUCCACGCUGGAGCCUCCAACCGCCUCCUCCGUCUCCCGCCGCGGUCCCUCCUCUGUCGUCUCCCGUCGAUCUCAAUCAGACUCGCGAUCGAAACGCUACAAUCGAUCUCAUACCGGCGGGACUUCUCACGCUCUUCACAAUGACUUCCCAGUCUUUAGCAGUGGCGAUGUGGAAAUCAUAGUCCGCGCGCACGAUACGCCUCCCGAUGCUGCUCCCGUGCAGAACAGAUAUCUUCUCCAUCGCCAUACUCUCACGCGCUCGAGUGGUUUCUUUGAGACCAGCACAUCGAGCCAGUGGUCCCGCGCCCGCGCACUACCGGCUGGCAAUGAGCUCUCCCGCAUCGGAGAGGACGGGGAACCGGAUUCUGUCAGUGCAAGCGAAGUCAGCUCAGUGUCGCAAAGAGGAAGCAUCCAUCCACCCAGGAAGAGAUGGCGAUACGAGCUAGGCCCCAAAUCUGGACCAAACGAUAUUCCAAUGCUGGUCCAACGAGACGAAUCGUCGCGAGAUACUACACAAUCCUUGUUUGGUCCUGCAUCAGCCCCCCCUGCAGUCAGUGCAAGAGACUCACGCUCUCAGAGUCGCUCCAAGCACUCCCACUCACAUUCGCGAUCGUUAUCCAAUUCGUCAGCCUCAGGUGGUUUCUUCCGCUCUGUCGCCAACCUCAGUCUCUCCUCCAACCACCCACCUCCAGCCCAAGAGCUAUCGCAAGCGGACGAGGACCUUUUGCGCGACUACGACAACCUUUUUCGCAUCUUUUACAAUUACCCGCCCAACCUCGAUGGUGUCAAUGUCGCAGAUGCCUAUGUCCAAUGCAAGAGCUUGCUCAACCUCGCCGACCAAUAUGACGCCCUUGCUGUGGUGGGACCUCGAGUCGAUCACCACAUGCUGCAGUUCCAGUCACGGCUCUGGAAGCAAAUCGCCAAAUACCCAAUCUCAUAUCUGCGCCUCGGGUACCUAGCUCGUAGCAGGGUGAUAUUUCAGGAAGCCCUGAUUCACGUCGUUGGGCAGUGGCCGGUCGGGGAACGCAGCCUGCGUGCAGCCCUGCCCGACAUUGUCUUGGAUAUUAUUGAGGACAAGGUUGACGAACUGGAAGAUACGGUCGGUCGCAUCGAGGGACGCCUGUACCGUCUUGGGCUCACCAACAGCCGUGGUGAACGUGUCGGCCCAAGCAACAACUACCUCGACUGGCUGUCCAUAAGCCUCUUCCGCCAAUGGCUGGCCGACAACACCUCUCCGCAGCCGCCUCCCGAUCAGCGACGCAGGACGACCUCUCGUGACGGCGGCCGCAGCGUCGCCGCCUUACCCCCCGCCGCCCCGCCGUUGAAUUCUGUAGGUCGUGCAUAUCGCCAACUCGGUUCGAAUAAUCCCGCAUCUUUCCUCGGCCACGAUGACUGCAAGCGCUUCCUCAAGCUCACUCCGGAGCUAUACAGCCGGGAGAACCUCCGGCGAUUUGAGAAGCGUCUUGAUGAGCUCAAGUCAAUGGCCCGAGAGAUCGUACGACCUCUCAUGGGCAGCAAUCUCGAACUCGAUAUGGGCGGUACCUCACGCACCCCAGAUAGUGUCACUUACCUCACCUGCAUCAACGUUGGGAACCGAGACUUGCCCUGGGUGAUGGAGGAUCAGACAACGGUCGGGCUCGUCGCCAACUGAUGUGGGUGGGUGAGUGCGUUAUCAGCCCUGGAUUGGGAUGAAAGCGGUGGUGGUUGCGUUGAUGCAAUGCAACGAUUUUUAUGACCUGAUGUUUUUAUUUUUUUUUAUUCUUGCGGAUACCCUAUGCUUGGACAUACUGUUGAAAUUCCCUUGUGUUUGUCUUGUGUAUAUUCACUGCUGUCUGAAACGAUAUAACCAAAUGAUAUCUAACUCGGUAUAUUCUAUAUAGACACGGAACAGCCACACACUGGUUGGACUGAGGACAGUCGACAUGACUCGGAUGGAGCCGAGCUCUGUAAUCAAAUUGAUAGUGUUUGAUGUA